UAUAUAUAUAUAUAUAUAUAUGUAUGUAUGUAUGUAUAUAAAAGUUAAUUCAGUGAGUCAAGAUCUACAAGUGAUGACAACUGCCUAGUUACGAGAUUUAUUACCGAUGACUUAUAAGUGCAUUUGACACCUAGAACUCAUCAGCAAUGGAGAAUCUAAUUGCAAUGGAGUUAUUAGAUAUGAAUCCUAACUCGCUUUCCUUAAAUGGUAAGGAAAGCGAAGAUUUGGAGUUUAAAAAAUGCGUUAUCAUCGGAGAGCUUAUUGAAACGGAAGAAGAAUUCUCCAGAGACUUGCAAUAUGUAGUCGAGAAGUACAUCAAGGCCAUUGACAAACCAACCGUCCCAAGAUCGGUCAAGGACAAUAAAGACGUCAUUUUUUGCAAUUUCUUGCAAAUCGCCGAAUUUCACAACACGGUGCUAAAGGAAGGCCUAAAAUGCUACAGCCAUCAGCCGAAUAUGGUUGCUAAAACUUUUUUGCGACUUGAACGCGAUUUUGAUAAGCAUGUGAAGUACUGUCAAAACGAACCUUUAGCCCAGGAGUUCCUCUCGACCAAUGCCGACUGCCAGAACUAUUUUCAAGGACUUUCUUCGAAUCUAGGAGACGAUAAAUUGCUGUCUGAGCACCUAAAGCUACCACUUCAGCGAAUAAACGAUUACAAACUUCUAUUCAAGGAUCUAAUACAAUUAUCGCAAUGCUUGAAAGAGAAUGUUAGGGACUUAGAGCGGGCCUUAGAGCUUAUGCUUAGCGUGCCUAGUAGAGCAUAUGAUAAUCGAUUUCUUUCAAAUAUUGAAGGCUAUCGAGGUAACGUUUACAAGUUGGGCCGUCUACUGCUGCACGAGUGGUGUACAGUUAUUGAUAAGGAGGGAAAGACCCAUGAUCGUUAUUGCUUUCUAUUUAAAUCGAGACUUCUGGUCACAAAAGUUCGCAAAAUAACUGAUAAGAAAUCCGUUUUCAUAUUGCAAAAUAUCAUCAAACUUCCACUUUGUAAUGUUGAGCAUCGAGCAGAUGAGAAACAAAUUUACAUCUCAUCAAAAACCACAGAUGAUAAUUUGCCCAUAUUGAUUAAGCCUCACAAUGAGGAUAGUCAUUUGAUUUGGUAUAACGAAAUUCGCUCAUAUAUCAAUCACGAAGUCGCACUGCAAGAGCACAAUGCAGAUGAUCUGAAAGUCGAUUCGACAAAUAUCAAUACCGAAUGUGAAUUAAUUCUUCGGCUUCCGCAAAAAAUCGAAGCUCACGAUCCAAACGCAGGUACUCGUCCUUCUGACGUGGCCGAAAACUACUUCUUAAGCAAAGAAACAAAAGAACGAUUGCAGUUAGAACAGCAAGAACUGCUUAAAUUUGAAAAGGAAUCCAUUGAACUCUACAAACUUCAACAGAGUCAACAGGGCCCCAAUCAGCCGAAAAGCACGGUUAAAUCUGUACCUGAUCAACCCGCUCCCAAGCCACAGCAUACGCAAACUGAACCACUUAAGGCAGUAGCGAUUGAAAGGAAAGACAUCGUCGAUGCUGAACCUCCUAAAGGUCUAAGCGAACCCUCAAAGCCUGCAGUCAAUAUAGAGUCAACUAAGCAAUCCAACAAAGAACAAUCUAUUCAAUCUUCUAGCAUAGAAAUAUCUGUUGCGUCGAAAGAAAUUAAAAAGCAAGAAACAAUUGAAUCAUCUAGUAUAGAAGUAGUCACAGUAAAAGAAUCAACUAAGCAAGAAUUAAUAAGUACAGCUCCAAAAGAAUCAAAUAAGGAAAUACCAAUCAGUGCAGUAUCGCAAGAAUCAAAGAAAGAAGUAUCCAUCGAGUCCUCAAAACAAGCAAUUUCAGUAGAAGUAGAAGCAGCCAAAAAAACUAUACAGCAAGAAACAAAUCAAGUUGAAAUCAAACAAGAUAAUGUCAGAGAAACUGAGGAGCUGAAGAAAAUUGCCACAGAAGAUAUACAUAAAACUGUUGAGGGUAAGGACACCGAAGAGCCCCAGUCCAGUUCAAUUCCAACAAUUCGAAUUAGUGAUCCAAUAGACGAACCCCAAAAUUGCCUUAUACCCACUAUAACUACCACUAAGCACAAGCAUAAGCAUAAGCCAAUUGAAUUGAAACAUAUUGUUGGCUAUAACGAAUCCCAGCAACAAGAUAGCGAUAGCGUAAAUCAAAACUCCCAGGGCCGACAGGGAUUCUCUAACUAUACUAACAUCACCGACGCGGCUUCAUUAACUCGGUGGAACAAUGAGCUGGCCAAUAUCGCAUACAGAAGCGGUCAAGGCGAUCGUGGAGAUCGUCCAGCUCAGGGUCCGCCACCACCGCCCAUCCCACCACAUUUUAUUCGAAUGCCUGGCUUCUUUCAACCGCUUCCGCUUAUUGCGUAUGAAACGAGCAUCGAGAUUCUACUAAUUAAAGCACGCCCACCAUCACCUCCACCGCGACCACCGCCAACCAUCAAGCGUGUCCAUGUCUAUACCGAAAGCCUCGAGCAAAAGACCCAGAACUUUCUUGAAGGCAUCUAUGAGGAAUCGAGCGCCGAUACAUCGUUGCGCAAUGCUAAGCAAAAAAUGCGUAGCAUUAAGAAUACAGUAUUAAAAUCUGCUGACUCCACGAAUUACGCACAAGACACGGUAAAAAAAGCGAAAGCUCGCGAUUUUAUUCAUAUCUUUACACCGCCCAUUAAAAAGAAACGACCAAUCUAUGAGAUUGUCGAAGAGCCUGUAAAUAUUCUAUGCGAACUCGAUGGCGAAUAUCCUAUUGAGUCUAUUGCUGACGAUUUCAGAGAGUCAAGUGCCGAUAUCGAGACACAACGCGGUCAAAGCGUUGGCGCUAUGGAUGAUAACUAUUCUGGGUACUCCCUGGCUUCCAGACGUCGUCUCGAAAAGACCAGCCGGACCAGGGAUUACGAUAGAGGAACAUCGUAUGACAGCACUGUUGAGAGCAAACAGUAUGGUAUAAGUUCGCGACGUGAGAGAACUACUUUGGAUCGCAUUGAGGCGCAUUCGUCGACCUUGCUAGGCGGCAGUCGCAACGAGAGUCGUGCUGAAAGUCGUGCCGAGAGUCGAACCUCUUAUUCGCGUGCCGAAUCGCGUGCUAGCAGGCGUGGUACAUCCUAUCUAGCGGACGACGCUCCGCCGCGCUCUAUCGAAAAGCCUGUGGUCGCAAAGAUGCUGAAAAGUGUGCAAGUGGAAAGCGGCGAGUCUGCGCACUUCGAAAUUCAGUUCAAAGAACAACCUGGCUCAGUUACCUGGCUGAAGGAUAACAAGCCUUUGGAUGAUCGUCUAGCGGAUCGCAUUAUUCAAACUAGUGCACCGAUGAACUCGUAUCGCUUAGACAUCAAGAACUGCAGCGAAAAUGACGCUGGAACUUAUACUGUUCGUGCCCAGACGGCAUCUGAAACAACGACUGUUACUGCACAGCUUGCAGUUGGCCAAGUAUCUGGCCAUGACGAGACUAAAACCAAUGUAGCGCCAGCAUUUCUUGUUAGCUUAAGAGAUGCGGAAAUGAUUGAAAAUACGCUAUUUCGCUUUAUGAUUAAGAUCUUGGGCGAUCCCAAGCCAAGAGUGAAAUUCUUCAAGGAUAAUGUAGAAAUACUGGAAGUCAAUGAUCGAAUUCAGAUCAUUAGGGAUAAGGAUUAUUUAGGCUUCUAUGAGUUGGUCUUUGAAGACGUACAAAAGGACGACGCCGGUGUUUACUCCUGUAAGGCUGUUAAUAAGCACGGUGAAGCAUCCUGCGAGGCCACAGCCACAACCAUUGAUUUCAAGAAUCCAUUUGGUGCACUGAGUGGUCAAAUUUUACCACCUGGCGAGAAAGCUAUAUUCUCGUGGAAACGCAAUGGCGAGGACUUCGAUCCUGAAGAACGUUUCAAGGUACUGUUCGGCGACGAUGAGGACUCCUUGGCUCUGGUAUUCCAACAUGUGAAGCCCGAAGAUGCUGGCAUCUAUACCUGUGUGGCUCAAACCACAACAGGAAACAUCUCGUGCAGCGCUGAACUCUCUGUUCAAGGUGCCAUUCAAACCCUCAACCGUGAGCCAGAGAAACCCACUCUGGUAAUCGAGCAUCGCGAGGCGAACGCCAGUAUUGGCGGUUCAGCUAUAUUGGAGCUGCAAUGCAAGGGCUUCCCCAAGCCCGCCGUGCUGUGGAAGCAUGAGGGAGAAGUUGUUCAGGUUGAUGACCGCCACAAAUUCAUGUAUGAGGACGACGAAAGCAUGUCGCUGAUUAUUAAGAAUAUCGGUACCGAAGACGCUGGCGCUUACACCAUUGAAGCCGUCAACGAGCUGGGACAGGAUCAGAGCUCGAUUAGCUUGGUUGUGCAAGCUCCGCCUAAGAUCAAGAAGGUGUCCGACAUCACAUGCUCGGCUGGCGAGACUGUCAAAGUGGAGGUGGAAAUUGAGGGUUUCCCUACGCCUGAAGUCAGUGUGACCAACAACGGCAAGGAAGUGUCUGGUGAAAAGAAUGUAAAGAUCACAUCGUCUACCAUUGCCAAGAGUGUGGAGAAAGUUGUUAUCGAAAUCUCGGAUAUUAAGCUGUCGCAAUCUGGCAAUUAUUCGAUUAAGGCCACAAACACUAUCAGCCAAACGGCCGAGUAUUGGAAUUGCACAGUCAAAUCGAAGCCUGUUAUUGUCAAACACUUUGAGAGUGAAUACAUUCAUGGAGAGAAGGAGAACGUACAGAUGUCCGUUCGCGUUGAUGCAUUCCCCGAGGCCAAGCUCACAUGGUAUCACGAUAGCAAGGAGAUUAAGGUGUCCGACAAGAAAUACAAGAUCGAUUGCGAUGGCAACACUUAUACCCUGAAGAUAACUGGAGCCACUCGUGUUGAUGCUGGCGAAUAUUCCGUGAAGGCGACCAAUGAGCAUGGCUCGGCAACCAGCUCAACUCAGCUGCUGAUGAAGUGUGCUCCGGAAUUCACACGCAAACUGCAGAAUAUUACAGUAAAGGAGGGCGACACAAAUGUCGAACUUGUUGUGGGCAUCGAUGCCUAUCCCGUGCCACACAUUAAGUGGUUUAUUGAUGGCAUUGAGAUUAGUGAGAAGCGUAAUGAGUUCCGUCAAGUGCAAGAUGGUAAUGACUUUAAAUUGAUUCUUACGGAUGUGGCGACCAACAUGCAGGGCAACUACUGCUGCAAGAUCAUGAAUGAUUAUGGCAAACUUGAGGACACUUGCACCGUGACCGUCAACUGCAAGCCAAAAAUACGCAGAGGCUUGAAAGAUGUUGAGGUCAAGGAGGGCGAAUCUUUAACUUUGGAAGUCGAAAUUUACAGCACUCCCGAUGCUAACGUCAAAUGGUUCAAAAAUGGUCAUGAAAUUCAUGAAGAUGCUCGCAUCAAAAUCAAGAGAGAUUCACAACGUAUUGAAAAUUAUUACUUGACAUUGAAUCUGUCUAAGAGCGAAGAUGCUGGCACUUAUGAAGUUAAGGCUGCCAAUUUUAUUGGAGAGACAACAUCAAGCUGCAAAGUUUUGGUGCUAACCAAUGACAAUAUAUCCAUUGGAGAAUCCGUGACAAAAACAUUGCUCGCCACUACAGAACAACCUGAAGAAGGGGCUAUUCCCGAAAUUGUCCACUGCGAUGUCUUCCAAAUGAGUAGCUUUGAGACUCUUCCACUCAAAUACGAAGUGAUUGCAACUGGUAUACCCAAGCCAGAGGCUUUAUGGUAUCAGGAUGGCAAGCAAAUCAAAUCCAAUGAUCAUUUUGCAUUAUCUGUUGACGGGGACCACUACAAAUUAGAGGUCAAGUCACUCGAAAUGAAGGAUGCUGGCGAAUACAAAGUUGUCGUGCAGAACAAAGUAGGCGAAAAGAGUCAUCAGGGAGUGCUGUCCUUGUCAAAGGAAGCUGAGUAUCGCAAACCUCUGUUGAUAUCUAAGAGCGGCUUAAAGGAUCUCAAGUUAAAGAAGGGUGAUGCUAUCAAUGAAACUGUCAUAUUUACGGCUGAUCCCAAGCCCGAAAUCGUUUGGCUUAAGGAUGGCAAACCACUGCAAGCUAGCGAGGCGCUGCUGCUCAAGACUGAAGUUAAGGAAUUAGAGCAUGGCUUAAAGCAGUUUACUUGCGAGCUGAGUGUUCCUAAAGCGGAAAUUAAGGACUCUGGGCGUUACGAACUUAAGGUCAAGAAUAAGCAUGGCGAAUUCGCUACAAAUGGUGCCAUCGAUGUACUAGCAAAGCCAGAAAUCUCCGGUCUGGUGGAUCUAAAGUGCUUGCCAGGUGAAACAGUCUGCUUCGAAGCCUUCGUUCCUGCCAAUCCCAAGCCAAAGGUCACAUGGACAAGAGGCAAUGAAAACUUGUGCAACAACGAGAACUGCGAGGUGAUCGCUGAUGUGGAUGGCGAUAAAUACAGGAUUGUUUUCCAAUCCGUUGUACCAUCCGAGGAUGGCAAAUAUACGAUCACUGCUGUUAACUCUGAAGGCAGGGCUGAUAGCGAAUUCAAUUUGCAUGUUCUUGUUGAGAAACCCACAUUCAUCGUGCCACCGGAGAAUCAAGUGAUCCACGACUUUAAGCCGGUUUCGACCAACGUCAAGGUGCAUGGCGUUCCUACGCCAACAGUGGAAUGGCUAAAGGACGACAAGCCAAUUGAUUUGAAGGCCAUUAAUAGUCUGACCCAGCAGAAGGCUUACAGCACUGCAUCGACCGAUAUAGCAUCGGAUCAAGUAGAGAGUGUCUUUGACAUUGCCCACUUUAAUGCUACCGACGUUGGAACAUACACUUGUGUCGCCAAGAACGAAAUCGGCGAAACCAAAGUGCCCUUUAAAUUGGCUAUGCAGUCGCUGGCUCCCAGUUUCGUCAAGAAGCUCAACAGUGCGCUUGACGUUGUCCAAGGAGAGCCACUUGUUCUCGAAUGCGCCGUGGAUGGCAGCCCACUGCCAACAGUUCAUUGGUUUAAGGACAGCGAGGAGGUUAAACCCAGUCAAAGCGUAAAACUGACCACUUCUCCUGAAGGAUUAGUUAAAUUGGAGAUAAGCAAUUGUCAGCCAAAUGAUUCUGGCGCCUACAAGCUCAUCAUUUCAAACCCUCACGGCGAAAAGGUUGCUUUGUGUGCGGUUGCUGUGAAACCUAAUGAAAUGCAGCCCAAGUUCUUGAAGCCCAUCGAAAGUCAAUCUGUAAUCGCUGGAGAGCCCUUGAAAUUGUCUGCACAAGUUAUAGGUUUCCCCGCUCCCGAAAUCAAGUGGUACAAGGAUGGCGUACUCUUACGUCCCAGCUCAGCUAUUAACUUUAUUAAUAAUCCUAAUGGACAAAUUGGAUUGAGCAUUGAUACGGUCGAUGGUAAUGACGCUGGUUUAUACAAAUGUAAGAUUGUCAAUAAGGAGGGCGAGGAAGAGGGCGCCGCAGAGGUGAAAGUUGUCGCCAGGGAGGCAAAGCCUUCGUUUAUCGCAGAACUCCAGGAUGCCAGUAGUGUUGAAGGAUUCCCUGUUAAGAUGAACAUUAAGGUUGUGGGCUAUCCCAAGCCAAAACUGCAAUGGUUCCACAAUGGUCAUGAAAUCUCGCCUGAUAACAAACACUUUGCUGUCGUGGAAAAUCCCGAUAAUACCGUUAGCUUGAUUGUGGACAAAACUGCACCUUCUGAUUCUGGAUUAUAUGAAGUAAUUGCACAAAAUUCAGAGGGUUCAACUGCCUCGAAAGCGAAGCUUUACGUUGCACCCAAGACGGAUGAAACGGCAGCUGAGGAAUUGCCACAGUUUGUGUCUGGUCUGCGGGAUGUUAAUGCCGAUGAGGGCCAAGAGUUGGUGCUAUCGGCACCAUUUAUUGCCAAUCCCAUGCCUGAGAUCGUGUGGUCCAAGGAUGGCGUCUUGCUUGCGCCAAGCGAGCGUCUCUUAAUGACUUGUGAUGGCAAGCAUGUCGGUCUCACCAUAAAACCGGUUGAAGCAGCCGAUUCGGGCGUCUACUCCUGUCUACUGGCCAAUCCACUCGGAGAGGACACGUCAUCCUGCAAUGCAAAUGUUCGUAAGGUGUACAAGGCACCAAUUUUCACCCAGAAAAUCACUGAUCAACAGCAAGUUUUCGGCAACAAUGCCAAAAUCCCUGUAACUGUUUCUGGUGUGCCAUAUCCAGAACUGACCUGGUUCUUUGAAAAUAAACCCAUCAAUGUGUCAGACAAGUACACGUUCAAGAAUGAUGGCGAUCAUCAUGAGUUGAUUGUAAAUGAUUGCCAAAAAUCCGAUCAAGGCGAAUACAAAUGCAUUGCCUCGAACAGGGAAGGUAAGGACAUAACUCAAGGUCGUCUCGAGUUGGUUAAUGAAAUCAAAAAACACAUGCGUUCUGAACCACCCGUAUUCCUUAAGAAGAUUGGCGAUUGCGAUGUCUUUGACGGUAUGACAGCAAAGUUUACUGCCUGCGCCACUGGAUAUCCCGAACCAGAUGUUGAGUGGUUCAAGAAUGAUCAAAAACUGUUCCCAUCUGAUCGCAUUGCGCUUGACCAGGAACCAAAUGGUCUGCUUCGCUUAACAAUGAAGAACGUGUCGGAAGCCGAUGUAGGACGCUACACUUGUCGUAUCUUCAAUCCAUAUGGUGACGAUACUUGCACAGCUGAACUAUUCUAUGAUGUGUUGGACUCCCAUCAACGUCCCUUGGGCGAUCAGUACUCGGACUUUAAGCAAUACAAAAAGUCCGGAGCUCCUCCGCCGUUGCCAGAUGGUCCUAUUAUCUCCCGCAUGACCGAUCGUCGUCUGAAUUUGACCUGGAAACCAUCGGUCCCAUUGUCGCCACGCUAUCCAGUUACUUAUCAGAUCGAAAUGAUGGACUUGCCCGAGGGAGAUUGGCGCACUAUCAGAACUGGUGUGCGCAGUUGUGCUUGUGAGAUUAGGAACUUGGAUCCACUCAGGGAUUACAGAUUCAGAGUGCGCGUCGAGAACAAAUUUGGUGUCAGCGAUCCCAGUCCCUACACACAAACCUACAGAUCGAAACUCAUUCCUGAGCCAGCCAAAACAUACACCUACUUGCCACCAGGUACAGACUUUAGACCAGAGACUUCACCCUAUUUCCCUAAGGACUUUGAUAUUGAACGCCCGCCCCAUGACGGUCUUGCUCAAGCGCCACAGUUUUUGCUGCGUGAAAAUGACGUUUCCUACGGCGUAAAGGGUCACAACACUGAGCUAAUGUGGUUCGUCUAUGGUUAUCCCAAACCUAAGAUGACUUUCUACUUUAACGAUCAUCCCAUUGAAUCCGGUGGUCGCUUUGAUCACAGCUACACCCGCAAUGGACAGGCGACGCUCUUCGUCAACAGCAUGUUGGAUCGUGAUGUGGGUUGGUAUGAGGCUGUGGCAACAAACGAACACGGCGAGGCCAGACAACGUGUCCGCCUUGAAAUCGCCGAGUACCCACGAUUCCUGAAGAGGCCUGACGAAACUUUCAUCAUGUCGCGCAAAAAUGGCCGCAUUGAAGCCAGAAUUAUUGGCAUUCCUCUGCCCGAAGUUCACUGGUACAAGGAUUGGAAGCUGAUAACCGACACCUCUCGCAUUAAGAUUAACUCUUACGAUCCAGACAUCUAUGUGCUCUCUAUUCAUGAUUCGAUCAUCAAGGACGGUGGCUUGUACUCUGUGAGUGCACGCAAUAUUGCUGGCUCCAUUAGCACCUCCGUGACCGUUCACAUUGAGGAGAACGAAGAUCAAUACAUAUAUAAGACCUACGGCAGACAUCCGUACGUGCGUUCGAAGCAACUGCGCUAUGAGGACAAGUACGAUAUCGGUGAUGAGCUUGGCCGCGGCACACAAGGCAUUACCUAUCAUGCCGUGGAGCGCGCCACUGGCGAUAAUUAUGCUGCCAAGAUUAUGUAUGGCAAGCCAGAGCUGCGUCCAUUUAUGCUUAACGAAUUGGAUAUUAUGAAUAUGUUCAAUCACAAGAACUUGAUCCGUCCAUACGAUGCUUAUGAAACAGAUCGCCAAAUCACACUCAUCAUGGAACUGGCCGCUGGCGGUGAAGUUGUCAGGGAUAACUUGCUGCGACGAGAUUAUUACACUGAGCGCGAUAUUGCCAAUUAUAUACGCCAAACUCUUUGGGGAUUGGAGCAUAUGCAUGAGUUGGGCGUGGGCCACAUGGGCUUAACGAUCAAAGAUCUUUUGAUCUCGGUUGUUGGUGGCGAUCACAUUAAAAUAUCCGACUUUGGCUUAUCGAGGAAGAUUAACAAGCAUAACUUGUCCACCUUGGACUAUGGCAUGCCUGAGUUUGUCUCUCCCGAAGUGGUCAAUAAGGAGGGUGUCAACUUUUCACAUGACAUGUGGUCAGUUGGCUUGAUCACAUAUGUGCUGCUUGGCGGCCGAAAUCCUUUCUUGGGCGCCGAUGACAGAGAAACCCUGACCAAAAUUCGUGAAGGCCGUUGGGACUUUAAGGACACCAUUUGGACACAUAUUUCGGAGGAUGGACGUGAUUUCAUCAGCCGCUUACUGCUCUACAGUCCCGAGGAGCGCAUGGAUGUUAAAACAGCAUUGAAGCAUCCUUGGUUCUUCAUGCUCGAUCGCCAGGCAACCGAGCAUGAUUAUCAAAUUGGCGUUGAUCGUUUGAGACACUAUUACGAUCACUUUAGAGAUUGGUACGCCAAUGCUGCUUGCAAGAACUACUUCCGCAGACGCCGGCUUAGCGGCUGCUUCCAGCAUCCAUCGAAAAUGGUCUACCCAAGUGGACAUUCUUACACGCCAGAGCGUACGCCGGAGCCGCUGGUGGAACCACGCAAGCGCGCCAAGCGAGAGGAAGUUGUCUCCAAAUUCCUGCAUCCCGACUACGAGCUGGGUCUCAUUCAAUCCGAAAGCCACUAUCAGUAUGGCCCCGAUACUUAUUUGCUGCAGCUAAGAGAUGUUAGUUUUCCCGUAAGAUUGCGUGAGUACAUGAAGGUGGCCCACAGACGAUCACCUUCGUUUGCACUGAACGAUUCGGUGGACUGGUCGCUGCCGGUUAUUCGCGAACGCCGUCGUUUUACUGACAUCAUGGACGAGGAGAUUGAUGAUGAACGUACCCGCAGUCGCAUUAGUAUGUAUUCUGCCAACGAUUCGUACUCAAUUCGACGUCUGCGAACAGAGCUGGGACCACGUCUCGAUGAAUAUACUGAAGCGGACGCAAUGAUUGAAAGCCAACGCGAUGGCUACCCGCCAUUCUUCCGCGAGAAGCCACAAACCAUAGCUAUCACUGAGAAUCAGCCGGCGCACAUUCAUUGCUUUGCCGUCGGCGAUCCCAAGCCAUGCGUGCAAUGGUUUAAGAAUGACAUGGUGCUGUCGGAGAGCAAGCGCAUCAAAAUCACGUUCGAUGAGGACGGUCGUUCCAUUUUGCGUUUCGAGCCCGCGUUGCAUUUCGACGUUGGAAUUUAUAAGGCCGUUGCUCGCAACAAGGUAGGCCAGACCAUAGCCAGAUGCCGCAUUGUUGUCGCAACACUGCCCGAUGCUCCAGACUCGCCGGAAGUAUCGGCGACCAGUGCCACAGAGAUACUGCUGCGUUGGAAGCAGCCACGCGAUGAUGGUCAUUCAGCUGUCUUGUGCUACAGUCUGCAAUACAAAUUGCAGAACUGCGAUUCGUGGACAACCGUUGCGGACAACAUAGAUCAUGAAUUUUAUCUGUUGCACGAACUGCAGCCGAACACGAAAUAUCAAAUUCGACUCUCGUCGAAGAAUCGCAUCGGCUGGAGCGAAAUGGGCAUUCCUGUAAAUGCAGCGACUUCUGGCCCAGAUGCUCCUAAAGUGCACAUCACCAAGGCCAUGAAGCACUUGCAGCAACUCACGGAGAGAGGCCAGGAAGUGUUGCCCGAGGAGGAGCGUGUGCACACCGAUUAUCAUUGCGAGAGAGAGCCACCCACUUGGGUCACAGAUGCGUCUGUCAAUGACAAAUAUAGCUUCAUCUCGGAGAUUGCACGCGGUGAAUUUAGCACCAUUGUUAAGGGCAUUCAGAAAUCAACAGAUACUGUUGUUGUGGCUAAGAUCUUUGAAGUUACCGAUGACAAUGAAGAGUCUAUAGUCGCCGAGUUCGAUAAUUUCAAGACGCUGCGACAUGAGCGUAUCCCAGCCUUAUUUGGCGCCUACAAGCCCAUGAAUGUGCCCAUUGCCAUCUUUGUGAUGGAGAAAUUGCAGGGCGCCGAUGUGCUCACCUAUUUCAGCAGCCGUCACGAGUACUCUGAGCAAAUGGUUGCUUGUGUCAUCACUCAACUGUUGGACGCAUUGCAAUAUCUGCACUGGCGUGGCUAUUGUCAUCUAAACAUACAGCCCGAUAAUGUCGUCAUGGCAUCAGUGCGAUCAAUUCAGGUCAAGCUGGUUGAUUUUGGCUCAGCCAAGAAGGUUAAUAAACUGGGCGUCAAGGUGACACCAUGUGGCAUGUUGGACUUCCAGCCUCCAGAGAUGUUGAACGAUGAGCCAAUCUUCCCGCAAAGUGACAUAUGGUCAUUGGGCGUACUCACUUACUUGCUUUUAUCGGGCUGCAGUCCAUUCCGCGGCAAUGACGAAUAUGAAACUCAACAGAACAUCUCCUUUGUGCGCUACAGAUUCGAAAAUCUAUUUAAGGAGGUCACCCCAGAAGCAACUCGAUUCAUUAUGCAAUUAUUUAAGCGUCAUCCUACUAAGCGACCCUACACAGACGAUUGCCUGGAGCAUAGAUGGCUCAUGUCCUCCGAUUAUAUGGUUAGGAAGCGUGAGCGUGCCGUUUUCCUGGGUUGUCGUUUGAAGAAUUUCUAUGACGCGUAUCAUGAGUAUAAAACUAAAGCCGCUACUACAUCCAAACCCUUAAUUUCGAUUGAGGGUGGACCGACCCCAUCUCAACUUCUUCGCUCUAACAGCAUCCAAGAGGAACUGCUUACAACGUUUUAGAUAAAUUACUACUCGACAAUUGUUAAUAUGCCUUUCUUUCUGUAUUUUGGUUAAUCAAUUAGAAAAACAAUAAUAAAUGAGAUACCUUUUUAUUUUCAAAUGCUAUCAAAUAAAUGGCUGUCAUAUGUAUCAAUGAAUAACAUUGAAAAGAAUAAAAUUUUCUUAAAUAAAAUUACACUUU